CAGAAGCGAAGAAUUAUUUAUGUAUAAUCCGCCGCUUUUUCUGGAGCUGCUAACCCCGCUUGCUAGUGUAUAGAAGUUUUUGGAACGUAGGUGGUCUUUCCAUUAUUCGUCGAAUUCGUUUCUUUUCUUUCUUUUUCUGUACCUCGGUCUGUGUCAAGUCGCAAAGUAUUACAGUUUUGAGCGUGCCGAGUGAAACUGUGCUUCUGAAGAGAAAUGCACCCGACUCUGACGAACGUCCGAAGAACAUUCGUUUUCUUUUCAUUUCUGCUAAUUGUUUCUUGAAUUUCACUAAUUUGUUAUCGACACUACGAUACUUAGGAAAACAACGCGAUUAAUCAUGGUCUGUGUAAGGUUGUAAUUAGACGCAUUUAGAGGUUAUGUUUUUGUUUUCUCUCAGUAGUUUGACAGUGAAGUCGCAAUGUUUGUUUAAAAAAACACCAUCCAUUCACUCUCACGUGUGAAAGUAAAUGAUCUUUAUGUACAGCACAUGUAAAUAAACUUUCUUACUGUAAUGAAACAUUAUACAUCUUGAUAGCAAUUCGUGCAAUUCUGUUGUAUAAUAAAGUAUGAUAUAAUUUCAUUCAAACUCUUUUGUUCAUGUUAAGCUGUAGAAAAAUACAUGUAUGUGUAAAAGUAAUUGUUCAUGUCAAUCAAUAGGAUAACACACACAGAAAAAAGACAUGGCACAAAGGUUUCCUGUACCAAAUACAGGGAAUAACGGCCCUCCGCCACAAAGGUAUGCGGCGUCAUCUGUACCUCCUAAUUUACGCCAGUAUUCUGGCCCAAACUUUCCUAUGCAGCAGAGAUCUGGAUUUACUCCACCUCCCCAAAUGGCUAAUGCAGGCCCUGGUCCAGCUAGUAUAAUAAGAGCGAAUCAACCUUAUUCAAAUAUGCGUCAAGGACCAAUGCCUACUCCACCAGUUGGAAAAAGGAGCGCGGAUCAACGUAUUCCCAUGUCACAACAAAAACCGUAUUUUUGGAACAGUGAUUUUUCACAUUCCACAUCCAAGAAGAAGAAAAAGCUGGCAGACAAAAUACUACCGCAAAAAGUACGUGAUCUAGUGCCUGAAUCUCAGGCUUACAUGGAUUUACUCGCGUUUGAGAGAAAACUGGACGCAACUAUAAUGCGAAAGCGACUAGAUAUACAAGAAGCAUUGAAACGUCCAAUGAAACAAAAAAGAAAACUGCGAAUAUUCAUUUCGAAUACGUUUUAUCCGGCGAAAGAAGCUGGCGAAGGUGAAGAAGGUUCAGUCGCUUCUUGGGAACUUAGAGUUGAGGGACGACUCUUAGACGAUACGAAAAAUGAUCCCAACAAAGUGAAGAGGAAGUUCUCUUCCUUUUUUAAAAGUCUAGUUAUAGAAUUGGAUAAAGAUCUGUAUGGACCUGACAAUCACUUGGUUGAAUGGCACCGUACAUUGACUACGCAAGAAACUGAUGGUUUUCAAGUGAAAAGACCUGGAGAUAAAAAUGUUCGAUGCACUAUUCUCUUGCUUCUCGACUACCAACCCUUACAGUUUAAACUAGAUCCCAGAUUAGCCCGACUUCUAGGUGUACAUACCCAAACGCGGCCUGUCAUUAUUUCUGCUCUCUGGCAGUACAUAAAGACACACAAGCUUCAAGACAGUCACGAAAGGGAAUUCAUAAACUGUGAUAAAUAUCUGGAGCAAAUAUUCGCCUGCUCAAGGAUGAAAUUUGCAGAGAUACCACAGCGUUUAAAUCCAUUGCUUCAUCCUCCGGAUCCCAUUGUAAUCAACCACGUUAUUAGCGUCGAAGGUACAGAAACGAAACAGACCGCAUGUUAUGACAUAGAAGUGGAGGUCGAUGACACGUUAAAAACGCAAAUGAAUAAUUUUCUACUGUCCACCGCGAGCCAACAGGAGAUUCAAAGUCUCGACAAUAAAAUUCACGAAACAGUAGAGACGAUUAAUCAAUUAAAAACGAACCGGGAGUUCUUCUUGAGUUUUGCCAAAGACCCUCAACAGUUCAUCAACAAAUGGAUUAUAUCGCAAACGAGAGACUUGAAGACAAUGAUAGACGUGGUUGGUAACCCGGAAGAGGAACGUAGAGCAGAAUUUUAUUAUCAACCGUGGGCCCAGGAAGCUGUGUGCCGAUAUUUUUACACGAAGGUCCAACAGAAACGCGCGGAAUUGGAACAGGCGCUUGGAAUCAGAAAUUCAUAAGCAUGAACAAGGAGACUAUACCGGAUCCCACGUAGGUGAAUAAAUAUUUUCAAUAUGGCAACAUAAUUCUUGCAAUUGAAUUUUUACCUCUUUUUUUGUUUCUUUUGAUUACAAUUUUUAAAGAAAGUAAAAAGAUAUUGAUUUUUUUAAAUUUAAAUGUAAACUUCGCUCAUGAUUAGGUAAUAAAUUUCUAAUUUAUUAUUGUGUACGUUAAUAAUUGUAUACAUAGUUAGAUCACUGGAUGAAAAAAAAAAGAAAGGAAAAGAG